GGCAGUGGACUAGUGAGUGGCAGAAGAGGAAAAGCGAGAAAGCUGAGUAACAACGGAAUCAGAUAAGACGGACAGGGAUCAGUAGAGCACAUAAUAGAACAAAUAAGAAGUAACAAGAGUUGUUACGACUUACAAGAAGAAGAAGGAGGAGAAGAGGAAAUACGGGAGAAGAGGGACAAAGAAGAAGAAAAAGUAGUGGCAGGUUAAGAAGAAAUACGCUGUAUUUCGAAGAUAUUUGACGAAUUCUGAUAUAGUUGGCAAACUUAUCACUCUCUAGGAUGAUUUGGAAAAAGCAAGUUGCUAUUUUCUUCUGCGUAGCUGUAAUCUAUUCAGAGGCAGGUCAAAGUCUGCUCUUUCCAUUUGGAUUAAAUGAAGGGGACGAAUUCCUACCCGCCACCGUUGACGGCGGGACAAACGAGCUAUCAAUUGCCGUCGCCUUUCCGUUCUACGAUCACGAAUAUACCAGUCUUUAUGUCAACAAUAACGGUCUCAUCUCGUUCUUGGAAACAUUUUCUCAAUAUACCCCUGAACCGUUUCCCCUCGCUAUUGACCGACGCCUUUUGGCACCAUUCUGGGCUGAUGUUAACACAGAGAUCGGCGGUAAUGUAUCCUAUCGAGAAGUCUUACGAUUCGCCCAAAACGACGGCAUAUUCCUCGAAGCCGAUGGAAUUAUAAGAGCAUCAUUCGUUGACAUGAGAGAUUUUGUGUCGUCAUGGAUGUUCAUCGCGACCUGGGACAACAUGUCUUUCUACGGUAGUUCUCCUGCCGCCCACAGGAAUUCCUUUCAGGCUGUGAUGGUGACAGAUGGCCGAUACUCCUUCGUCAUCUUUAAUUACGGUGAUAUCAACUGGACAACAGGAACUGACAAUGAAGGUGAUGCUAAUACUGGUCUAGGUGGUACCCCAGCUCAGGUUGGAUUCAACGCUGGUGACGGAGUGAACUUUUACAGUGUCCCCGGAUCUCAGACAGCGGCCAUCGUCGAUAUCGAAACGACAUCGAAUAUCGGUGUACCGGGAAGAUGGGUGUUCAGAACGGACAACUCCAAUAUCGAAGGACUAGAAUGUACUACCUCCGGUGCCGUUUCCCUAUUCCCAUUGGUCGGUUCAAUGCUUGGCGGAACUCAGGUUUUCAUCAACGGACCGUGCUUCAACGCAACCAGCCUGAUUGUCUGUGAUUUUGACGGAAUCGAGACUUCUGGAAGACUUCUGGAAGACGAGAUCGCCCUCUGCGUUUCGCCGACUUUCUACAAAGUUGGACGGAUUCCCUUGCGCGUGUCUCUAGACGAUGGAGUCACGUUCGAUUUCACAGGAUUGUUCACAAUUAUCAGUGUCGAGGACGUUCCUGACAAUGUAUUUUCUUCGGUAACGGAAAGCAACCAAAGAGAGUCCGACUUCGAGAUCACGUGGGACACAGAUGCCCUCGAAAGCGUAGACGAGGUUGACAUCGUUGUCUACGGCUACCGAGAAGACAAUGACGUGGAGUUUAGUGGACCUUUGGUCGUAGUGGCACAGGGAGUUGACUAUCAUCUCGGUCACCACAGUGUCUCAGGGCUACUAGACCCUGAACUACACUUCGACGUCGGUGUUAUUGGGGUCAGGGAAUCUGAAGGUCAAGGGGGAAAUUCUACCCGUGCUGUUGUCUGGGGCAAGGUCCAUGUUCUCCAGUGGUAUAACGGCGAUGACGCAACACAUCGGUGCAAUGAUUGGAUUCUAAAAGAAGUUUGGUCUGAACCCUUUUCGGACUUCUCGCCCCCGUGCCCAUGUACACUUGACCAGGCCCAGCUUGACAUAGGGAGGUUUAGUCCGCAUCCGCUGUGUGAUAUUGACAUCUUGUCGCCUAGCAACUGCGUCCAUAAACCAGGGGCGAUACACUGCGUACGAGCAGACACGCCUAGCACACUAGGAGGGGGACAGGAGUGUUGCUAUGGUGAUGAAGGAAUGAUCAUCAAUGUCCGUGAUAAUCUGGGAGGAGGCUACAGUCAUCGUUACCACCAUGGGGGCGUCACCCCAUAUGGAGAACCUAAGAAGGUACCAUAUCUGUCGCACUACCUCGUCGAUAUCUUGCCGUGGACCUACUGCUGUACUUACGGUGGACCAUAUGAGUGCAGCCAAUUUGGAAGAUACCGACCUUCUCAAAUGUGUAGAGACUAUGUACCGCCUCCUCCAGCAUUUGGCAAUGGCGAUCCACAUAUUUCAACUCUUGACUCGACCACAUACACUUUCAACGGUCACGGUGAAUUUACUCUGCUGAACGCACUGAAUGACACCUUCAUCUUACAAGCAAGAGCGGCUCCUCUCGUUGGAACGUCCGAUGCAACGGUGUUUGUUGCCAUGGCAGUACGAUUUGGUGAUAGUGAUGUCAUUCAUGUUCAAACCAAUGAACGCAGGGUUCUUGAUGCUUAUGUCCGACUAGCCGGGGAUGGACAAAACUUCACAAGGAUUGAAUUCGAUCAGGCUUCUCGAUGGUCAUAUUCAGGGGUCUCGGUAACUGGUCGCAACAUUACCACAGAUGGAAUAAUUGUAGCUUUCGAUGGAGGGGUAGGGCUGAAUCUAAAAGCAUCUGAGGGGGCCAUGAGCAUUCUUCUUGUAGCUCCAGACUCCUUCCGGGGUCAGACGCAAGGCCUGAUGGGAACGUGGAAUGGCAAUUCCAGCGACGAUUUCCUAACUCCUCAAGGAUCUUUCCUCUCAGCUAAUUUGACUACUGAGCAGUUGCACUACCAAUUUGGAUUACUGUGGGAAAUCGACGCAGCAGAAUCGUUGUUCUAUUACGAACUGGGCAAGGACCACGAAUCUCAUACCGACCGCACUUACACUCCUGUCUUUGAGCCUGUCGCCAACCCUUCUGUCAACCAAAGCUUAGUGGUAGAGGUGUGCGGUACAAACCAGUUCUGUUUCUUCGACUACCAGACAACGGGGUCACAGAGUUUUGCCCAGAAUUCCGUGAAGGCACUCGUGCAGUAUCAGCAGGCGGUCGACAACAGAGCAUCGUUCGUGAGUUGCCCAACUCUUCCCGCUCCUGCUAACGGAAGUGCCAUCGUGACGACCUACAUGUCAGGGGGCGUGGCCAGAUUCGUGUGCGAUGCCGGCUUCGUACUAAGUCACGUGGUCAACUUAACCUGCCAAUCAGAUGGUACUUGGAGUGAUGGCGAUACCCCGGCGUGCAUCAUUGAGGCAUCCGGGCAGACAAUCCCUAUGACCUCUGACGUAACAAAGGGGCAUGUUACGGAAACUUUCAAGACUGCAAGGACGCCAACUGGUCAAGUUCUUUCGACGCCCGCGAUCAUCGGAAUAUCUUUUGGAUCGGUAAUUCUUAUCGUCGUGAUCGUGCUUAUCGUCGUUCAGAUCUGCGGACCAAAGAAACGUCCACCGUCCAUUAGCAAGAUGAACCCUGCAAUGGACCAGGCUGAAGUACAUGAAAACCCUACCUACGUCCAUGCUGAGUCUUCGCAGUGAACUUCGGUACAACGAGUGGAUCGACGCGUGAGGACGAAGCCACUGUUUUGUAAUCUCUGCAAAUACAUGCAUAAGUGGAUAAUCAUAUUGACGCUUUUUGUAGGCUUUUUAUUUUUUCAUUAUUUGGAGAAAACAAAUCUCAGAAUAUGUUUUGUUGCUAUUACUCAGACAUAAAUGGCUUUGAUAUAGAGCAUAUACACUUUACUAUUAUACGCUAUUUGUGUAGCUUCGUCUUUUAAGUUUAUGAUUUAAAUCAAUUUCAACUGCCAAUAGGAACUAGAUAUUAGAGACGGCGCAGUGUUCGUGAAUAUAUAUUCCAAAUGAUAACCAUAUUCAUAACCAUUAUACAUGUCAUACUUAAUAAUUAUGUCUUUAACAUAAAUUUGUUAAACGGUGGUUGCUGUAGGGUAGUAUCUUACCAUGACUCUCAAUAAACUACUCUUAGAUGCAGUAGGUUCGUUUACCAUUGAAGCUGUUAUAUUCCGGUUUUAUCUCACGCUGUUUAAAUUCAGCCUUUUGAGAUUAGUUUCCUCUCUCAUUUCAUGUUUUCUUACCAAGAGGUGGCGCUGCACCUCUUACAGUGGUCCCAAAUGAUUCAGAUUGCUUAAUUAAAUAUUGAACCAAUUAAUUUGCAUAGAAUUUAUGUUUAUACUGUAAAACAAAUAUUAAUUUUCAUAACGUUGUGUCCGAAAAUAUUAAUAUGAAGUAUUACCGUCACCUUUGGCUUUUGUCUAUAUUAAAAAUUCUUCUUUUUUUGUUUUCCUCCCAAAUUGUAGAAUUGUAUCACAAUUUCUGUUCUUGUGUACUAUAUUAGUUUGGAUACUUAUAAAAAAAUAAAGUUUGUCUGUGUUUAUAAUGUAGGAUACAAUGUUCUAUGUUUAUGUAACAAAAUUUAAGUUCUUCUUCAUAAUUGUGUAUAUGGAAAUCUGAAUAAAGGCAUAAAAGCUUUAUACAUUUUUUUUUUAGAACGUGUGUCUUUAAGAUAAGGUAAAAGUCAUUGACAAUUGUCAGAGGCCUACUUAUCUUUUGAUUUCCGUAUAACAUUUAAGAUAUUGAGAAGCACUAAGACAAUUAUAUGCGUCAUAUAUAGGAGCAAACACUUCUCCAGAGAGAUGGUAUCUCUUUCCCGAAUUAUGACUUUUGCUGUUUAUAUAUUCGAGCCAAAAAGAAGAAAAAAAUGCAGUUGAUU